CAAGAGACUCCAGGAGCAUAUAAGGGGAAGGGAAGGAGGUCCAAGUACAGGCACUCAGAGAGAAUUCUCCCAGCCAGAGCUUCAGAUGUUUCGGCUGGAGGCCAUGCUGUCCUUGCUGGUCCUAGCCCUCCUGGGGACCCCCACCUUUUCGGCAGAAACUUACUACGGUAGAGAAAGUGGCACACAUUUCUGCACUAGCAUACCUGAAGGAAAAAUCUUAACAGGAAUUCGGGUAUAUUUUAAAGGUCGUGCGAUUGCCGGUAUUCAGAUGAGAUUUGGAGAUGACUGGGGACAAAUAUAUGGCUACGAGACUAAAAAUACCCAGGAAGCCCUCCUGAAUAAGGACGAAAGCAUCACUAUCAUCUUUGGCAGAUUCAAUCUCUAUUUCAAUCAACUUGGCUUUUCAACCAACAUGCCACGAGAAAUUUUAUUCGGGACCCGCCGUACUAUUCAGGAGUUCUUUGAGGCUGCUGACAAACCCGACUAUGUGCUCAGGGGCCUUUGUGGCUUUUAUGGGUUUGGUGGCAUCAGGGCCUUUCGUCCUCGUUGGGGGACGGUAAACGGUACAUGUUCAAACUAAGGCGCAAGGCCAACUAGGCUGACCGUCUUUGCCAGGUACUUCUAAACCCAACUGCUAAUAAAUACAGCAUCU